AUGCCCCCCGAGGACGUGAAUAGAAUGCAGCAGAUGCACAAUCGCUUUUUGAGCUCUUUAAAGGACCUCCCAGUACGCCCUUUCUACGUUCCUGGCACGCGCGGGCUCGUUUCGACUGCAGGAGGCUCAUUUUUGCCCAUUCUUACUAUCUCCCUCCGCAUGCUUCGACGGUACGGCUCUGCAUUACCGAUGGAAGUAUUUCUUGCGUCCGAAAAAGAGUACGAGCCAUAUAUAUGUGAGCACGUGUUUCCGAAGUUGAACGCUAGGUGCUUAAUUCUAGACAAGAUAUUGAACCAGCUGCCUGGGCCGGUGGAUAUCAAACAAUAUCAGUACAAGCCUUUUGCCAUGCUUUUUUCUUCAUUUGAAGAGAUGCUGUUUUUAGAUGCAGAUGCAUUCCCUUUACGUGAUCCCAAAAAUCUAUUUUCUGCCGAGCCUUUUCGUACUUUUAACAUGGUUACCUGGCCCGACUUUUGGGCUUCGAGCGCUUCUCCUCUAUAUUACACAAUAGCGUCACAGCCUAUUCCUUCAACGACCAUUAGGGCGUCCACUGAAUCCGGCGAAAUUCUUAUUUCGAAGAAAACACACCAGAAAACCCUAUUGCUCUCUAUCUACUAUAAUUUUUAUGGCCCGUCCCAUUAUUAUCCUCUUUUCUCACAAGGUGCUCCUGGAGAAGGAGAUAAGGAAACCUUUAUUGCCGCAGCUACUGCAGCCGGUGAGCUUUUCUACCAAGUUAGUGAGCCAGUGCAAGCGAUUGGACACCGGACUGCCGAUGGUGGGAUCGACGGUUCUGCGAUGGUGCAGUAUGAUCCGGUGGAAGACUAUAGACUAACUAAAAAGGGCGUAUUUCGUGUUUCGAACCCUGCGGCGGCCGCUUCGCCGAAGCCAUUCUUCAUUCACGCCAAUGUGCCAAAGUUUGAUCCCGCUACUAUCUUUGAAAGACAUCCCACCGACCCUAUCAGGGACUCUCAAGGGAAGUAUAUACGCCAGUGGACGAUUCCUGAAGCAAUAAUCAAGGAGCUCGGUGGAGAUGUCGUGAAACAGUUUUGGACUGAGAUUAGAUGGGUAGCUUGUGAGCUCGAAACCAAAUUUGAAAGUUGGAAAAAGAAGAAGGGGGUUUGCGAUGGUGUCAAGCAUUACUGGCAUGCUGUCUUUGACGGAAAACCUUGA